AUGUCCAAAGAUGAAAAAAAAAUAAUAGAGGUUCUAAAGGAAAAAAUUGAAAAGACCAAAUUACACGUUUUAACGUUUGCUACUCAUGAACAAGGCUAUUUCAAAACCUUAAAAGAAAGUUGCAAAAUUUUAAAUAUCGAUUUAAAGGUAUUAGGAAUGGGAAUAAAAUGGAAAGGUUUUAUAGAGAAAUUGAUUAAGGUAAAAGAAUAUUUAAAAUUAUGUAACGAUAAAGAUAUAAUCCUUUUUGUAGAUGGUUUUGAUACAUUUUUUGUUCAACCAGCAAAUGUAAUUAUUGAAAGAUAUCUUAUGAAUUAUGACAAUUUUUUUGUUUGUACUAGUGAAGGUGCAUAUUCAAGUAAUAUCCUUUUUUUACGUAUUAUUGAAAAAAUGCAUUUGGUUUUUCACAAUAGUAUUUUUAAAUAUAAUGAUAAUAUCGAAUGGGAUUCUUUACACAUAAAAGAAAAAUACAAAGAUUUCAACUUUUUUCAUAAUAAUUUAAAUCUAUUAAAUUCAGGUGGUUGGAUAAGCAAUGUUUUCUUAGCAAAAAAAAUUCUACAAUAUAUACCUUCCUUUAUUGAUAAUGAUCAAGUGUUUUUAACAAACCUAUAUUUGGAUUGUAAUUAUUUAUUGAAAUUACAAGAAAAACAAUCAUUAAAUGAUACACAUAGUAAAAGAGAUUUAAAUUUUGAUCCUCAAAAUAAUUUGAAAUAUUAUAAUAAAAUUAUAAUUGAUAAUCAUAAUAUCAUUUUCCAUUUAUUCAGAGGUAAACGUAAUUUAAUGUUGCUAGAUUAUGGUGACUGUGUAAAUCACUUCCCUUUUAAACCUUUGAUUAAUAUAUAUAAUAUUCAAGGAGAUGAACAAAUUAAAAAAAAUAAUGAUAUAAAUGGUAUAAAUGGUAUAAAUGGUGUAAAUGAUAUAAAUGGUGUAAAUGAUAUAAAUGGUAUAAAUGGUAUAAAUGGUAUAAAUGAUAUAAAUGGUAUAAAUAGUAUGAAUGAUAUAAAUGAUGUAAAUGAUACAAAUGAAUAUUUGCAUGAACAAAAUAGCCAAAAUCAAUAUUUGCAUGAACAAAAUAGCCAAAAUCAAUAUUUACAUGAACAAAAUAGCCAAAUGAAUUCACAAAAUAAUAAAAUAAAUUGGAAAAAUCGGAUAUAUAUAUUUUUUAUGAAAAAAUUUUUUGGAAAGAACGAUAAUUAUAAUAAUGAUGGUUCUUUGAAAAAAAUAGAAAUUGUAAAAGAAAGCAACAAGGAUAGAAAUGAAUGGAAGAAGAAAAGAACAAUUUUAGAUAACGUAUACAUGGGAAAUACGAUAAGAAAGAUUGGACAAAUUGAAAAUACCUUUAAUUAUUCUAUAAUUGAUAUGCACACACACACUUCGCCUUGCAUUCUUCAUAUGCAUUGUCUUAGAAAUGUUGAUAAUAUAAUUCAUAAGAUGGGUUUGAAAAAUAAGUAUACAUCUACUUGGUAUAGUCGUAUUUGGUAUUUAUUUUAUAGUUUAAAAGGUACGUUAAAUUUCAAUUAUUUUAGUCUAUUGUUUUCAACAACGGUUGGUUUUAUAUCUUUUUUUUUAAUUUAUAUAAAAUAUGUUUUACAAAUUUUAAUAUAUAUAGAUAAUAAUUUCAGAACUAAUAAAAUGCUUUGUUUAAACAAAAUGAUGUUUUUAUUGAAUGAUAUUGAAUUCUCUUGUGUCUUCACAUUUAUAUUAUCUAUAUUGUAUUGGACAUUUUAUAUAUUUAACAAAUCUAUAUGA